AUGUCACUCGAAUCGCAUUCACAAGCGCUGGCAGACUCGCUAGCCAAGGCAAAGCUCGUGCCCGGCGUGGCUAGCGAGCUAAUACCGGAAGGAUUCACACAAAAAACGAAGCUCGAGAUCUCAUACAGCAACAAGCAGAUCGACCUGGGGAACUUCUUUCGGGCAAGCGAGUGCAAGGUCGCACCAACAAUCAAGUUCCAGCCAGUGGACGAUCUUGACAACCCGCGGGGAGCUUACCUUCUCAUCCUCACGGACCCAGAUGCGCCAACGCCAGAUGACCCAAAGUUCGCCUUCUGGAGGCAUUGGGUGCUACCGGGCCUGCAGCCCUUGAGUGGCGACAGCGGUGUUGUUGGCGAGACGAAGCCUGCCCUGACAGAGUAUCUUGGCCCUGGACCCAAGGACGACUCAAAACCGCAUCGAUAUCUGUUUCUGCUGUACCGGGAGCCUGCUGCCAUGGACCUGAGCAAGGCGCAGGUCGGCGGAGAGGAGUUUGUUGAGAGGCGAUCGUUCAAGCCGGCCGAGUUUGCAAGGAACCAUGGACUGACGCUGGUCGGCGUGAAUUGGAUGACCUGUGCGGGAGACGGCUGGAAGGAUGACGAGUGA